CGGUCGCUUCUAUCUCUGCUCCCCCCCCCCAAAUUUUUUUCCAAAGCAAUAGACCAGGGUUCUCCGAAAGCGAAGUGAAAAGAUCUUCGUUGCAGUGGGUAAUUUGCAGACAUGGACACUUCUGGGAAAGUUAUCAAAUGUAGAGCAGCUGUGGCUUGGGAAGUUGGCAAACCACUUUCUAUUGAAGAGGUAGAAGUGGCUCCACCAAGGUCUCAUGAAGUUCGUGUUAAGAUAAUAGCCACCGGAAUAUGUGGGACAGAUGACCAUGUUCUGGAAGGUUCUUUCCCCAAAGUAGAGUAUCCUGUCAUUCCUGGCCACGAAGGAGCCGGGAUAGUAGAGAGUGUUGGGCCAGGAGUGACAUGUGUGAAACCAGGAGACAAAGUUAUUCCUCUUUGUCUGCCCCAGUGUGGAGAAUGCUACUCAUGUUUAAAAUCAAACACCAACUGUUGCCUGAAAACCCACAUUUCCGAACCACAAAAUCUGAUGCCUGACAAAACCAGUAGAUUCAGCUGCAAAGGAAAGCAAAUUCAUCACUUCCUCUGGAUUAGCACUUUCUCUGAAUAUACAGUCAUGCCUGACUCUACCGUUGUUAAAAUUGAUGCUGCUGCACCUCUGGAUAAAGUCUGUCUUUUUGGCUGUGGAUUCUCCACUGGUUAUGGGGCUGCCCUCAAUACAGCCCAGGUUACACCUGGAUCCACCUGUGCUGUUUUUGGUUUGGGAGGAGUUGGUCUCUCUGUGAUCAUGGGAUGCAAAACAGCUGGAGCAUCUCGUAUCAUUGCGAUUGACAUUAACAGCGACAAAUUUGGAAAGGCAAAAGAAUUGGGAGCUACAGAAUGUAUCAACCCUCAAGAUUACAAGAAACCCAUUCAAGAAGUAGUGCUGGAAAUGACUGGACAUGGUGUAGAUUAUUCCUUUGAGGUUGCUGGAUGUUUGGAGACCCUGACAGCUGCUUUGGCCUCUUGUCACAUGGGCUGUGGGAUCUGUGUGGUGAUUGGGAUGCCCCCCCUAGGUGCAAAAUUCCCAUUGGAUCCUAUGCUGCUUCUUACAGGGCGCACCAUAAAAGGGAGUUUCGUUGGAGGCUGGAAGAUGAAAGAUUCAAUUCCUCAAUUGGUCUCCAGUUACAUGGAAGGAAAAUUUAAACCAGAUGUUCUGAUUACCCACAUUUUACCAUUCAGUGAUAUUGGGAAAGGGUUUGACUUGCUUCAUGCUGGAAAGAGCAUUCGUACUGUCUUGAUGUUUUAAGUGGCUCAACUUGCUGAAUCUGUCUGGAAGUCUUUAAGCAUGGGAACCACGAAGAUUACCCUUUUUCUUGGCCCUAUGUUUGUUCUGAAAAUACUGGAAAAAGACAUUCCUAUUUUGUUUCUCUGCGUGUUUAUGUUUAGGCCAUAGCAUAAACCACACGAUUUACAAGAUGGAAAGUUGAUUUUACUUGGCCCCAGAUGCAAAAAAGAAAAUCCGAGUCAUGGUCUUAGUUUUAAUUAUCACAGAAAGAGCAUAAUCCAAUUUUAAGGCUCCAAAGUGGGGAGGGGGGGAAUCAAUUGUAUCUACAUAAAAUGUAGAAACUCAUGUUUUUCACUGCUUAGCCUCAUGGUGUUAGGAUGUGACAUGAUUCAAUAACUGAAUUAUACCAGAAGGGCUCCUGAUUAGUGAAGAGAAAUUAAGACCAAUGACUCUUGACUGCUUUAGCCAUACAAUUCUCUUCCCUUGAGACCCAAACCUCAAGGCAGUCCCUUAAUGCCGAAAGCAGCUGCUCUCCUUUGGCAGUUCAGGGCAACCUCCCUUCAUUUUCUCUGCACCACAGUUCUCUUGUUUUACCAAUAAAGGAGAAUAUCUGUAGCUCAGGGUUUAAAUGAGGGGCACCUGAGCAUGGUGCCUGAUGAUCUUACCUAGUUUGAGCAAUGAAAUGUCUGCAAGAAAACAACCAAGCUCAGAGAGCACCAAGGAUCCAGGGGUGAAAUCCAGCAGGUUCUGACAGGUUCUGGAGAACCGGUGGUGGAAAUUUUGAGUAGUUCGGAGAACUGGCAAAUACCACCUCUGGCUGGGCCCAGAGUGGGGAGGAAAUGGGGAUUUUGCAGUAACCUUCCCCUGCCAUGCCCACCAAGCCACGCCCACAGAACCAGUAGUAAAAAAAAUUGGAUUUCACCACUUCAAGGAUCCCUUAAUUCUCUUGUGUAGCCAGAAAUCAAGGGGAGAAUUUACUUGAAUUUAGGCUUCCCUUGUUUCAGUCCAACCCCUCAACCAUUGCACUUGCUGUCAUAAAGCCUGGAUGCCUCUGCUGCAUAAUCUUAUAUCCAAAAUAUAUUAUGAAUAUAUAAUCUUAUACACUCUUGCUUUCUCUUCUGUUCAUGUUUCCUUAACACACCCAUAGCUUAUUGUGCUGAAUGGAACUGUCUUGAUAGGCUUGCCUUCCAAUCAUGUCAAUCAAAAGUGGGUUUCACAUACUGUAGUUACCGGUUCGCCCAACCCUGGAAAUGUGAGCUCGCACUCACGCACGCCAUCCGCACAUGCCUGUGCGUGCCAUCCACACCUACGUGCAACAUCAAAUAACACGGCAAUUCGCUUGCAUGCACCGCCCACAUGUGUGUGCGACGUCAAAAACAGUGAUAUAGGAUGGGAUUGCGUCCGGCUGGUUCUCCAGAACCAGCUGAAUACCACCUCUGAUGUCAACUCUGAGUAAAUGGAACUAGAGUCAGUGGAACCAAAGCUUCUAUCAACAGCUCCAGUAAUUGUUUUAUAUGUGCUUAAUUGUAUUAUGAAAGCUUGAUCAAUAGAAAAAUACACAUAAGGUCUCAUUUGAGGAUCAGCACUGCUUCAAAGUGGAUAAAGCAUAGUAAUUUUGAUUUUAAAAAGCCCGGAAAAAAUCAUUAUAAAUGCAACAAAUACCGGCUGGGUGACUGGGUCAGUCACACACGCUCAGCCUGACUCAACUCACAGAGUUGUGGGGAAUAUGGGAGGAGAAAGUAUUAGUUAUGUUCGCUGCUUUGAGUUGUUUAUAAAAAUAGUAAAGGAAUAUAAAUUAAAUAAAUACAACUUUUUGACUAUA